AAGUGUCCGCCCAUCGGCCCUUCUUUCACCACUCUCUCUCUCUCUCUCUCUCUGUGAAUCUCAGUCUAUUAUCAGUCAUGGAAGGUAGUACAAGGAGACUCACUUUUAUUGAGGAAGACGAUGGUCUUGCUUCUCUUGCGGAGAUGGAAGCUGGGUUCUCAGGGAAUCAUCAUCUCCCGCUUCUAAUGAGAUCGUCUGGCGUCAGUGCUUCGAUGAGAAGAAGGGGUAGCGACAAGGCUCUCUCUUCUCCGAGAUUCUAUGAAAGUGGUAGAUUUGAAGAAAAUCAUCAUCAGCCUCAUUUCCUUGAAGCAUGUUAUCUCUGCAACAAACCUUUACGUGAUAAUAGAGACAUCUUCAUGUACAGAGGGGACACUCCAUUCUGUAGCGAGGAGUGCAGGCAAGAGCAGAUAGAGAUGGAUGAAGCUAAGGAGACGAACUGGAAUCUCUCUGCUGGUUCAAUGAAGGCCCUUAGGAAGGAACAGAAGAAGAAAACUUCUACCUCUCCAAGCAAAGCCCAAAAUUACCCUGUUCGGACAGGCACUGUAGCUGCUGCUUGAGACUACAAAAAUGAAAUCUAAAUAGUAAUGGAAAACAAAAUAAUAGAAAUAGAUAACUUUGAUAGAAGAAAAAAUCUACGGCUUUGUACGUAAGAAGCCAGGGGUCCCAGACUCCUGAGAGAAGGGGAAGAGAAAUGGAGGAAGGAGAAGAAGACCCAUUUUGAGAUUUUCUUUUUCUCUUUUUUCCGGUGAAUGUGUAUAGGUAUUAGCUAGCUUUCUCUGCUUCAGUCUCUGUUUUAUUUUAUUUUAUUUUUUCUUGUUACUUUUUUCUUUUCACUGAAGGAGAGAAUGAAGAACAGAAGAAGCAUAUCAAGGAAGCUUGUUUAUUAAUUUGCAAAA